AUGAGCCCGGUCCCGCAAACGCUGGACGGGCCAGCGGCUGGCACGCGCCGGCAACCCCGGCGGCGCGGCGGCCUCAUCGCGCUCGUCGUCUGCGGCCACCGCUCGGCGUCGUUGCGUGCGUCGGCGAUCGCGCUUGGCUGUGAGGUGGGACGGCGGCAUGGCGCGCCGACGUGCUGCCCGAGCGCGUUUGGGGGCCCAGCAGCUCCUCGCGAGGCGCCUCUUUGGAAGUCCUAGCCGCGCGCGAGUUGAGCUCCGAUUUGCGCUCGUAUUCGCACACGCCCGACGCUAUUAGCUGAGGAUCGACCAUCCUCCGCUAGCAGGGCUUCGUCGGGCGCGUCUUCGUCGAGCGGUGGUGCAUCUCCCAUGCUCCCCACACCGACGCCCUCACGUGCUCACCCUGGUCGUAGGUGCGUUCUUUUUGCGUGGCCCCCGUCGGCACGGGGCGCUGCGCGAUGGCUGGGCUUGUCGCCGGGCGAGCUAGCCCCUCAGCCGGCCGCGGAGCGGAGGUGCGAAAUCGAGGCGGCGCGGCCCGGCGCGCAGCCUCUCCGGCGCGCGCAUGGUUCCGUAGACCGUCUAGUGCCUCACUGGGACCGACUCCAGCGAUACGGUGUACGUGGCCGGUGUGGUACUGGGGCUGGGCAGCCUUGGGGUCGGCGGAGACCGCCGUCUAGCGGUCGCACUAGUCGGAUAUCGUU